UCCACCGCCACCGCCACCCGUCCAAGGGUAUGCCUUCAAGCCUCCACCCAGACCCGACUUCGGGACCUCCGGGAGAACGAUCAAGUUACAGGCCAACUUCUUUGAAAUGGACAUUCCAAAAAUUGACAUCUAUCAUUAUGAAUUGGAUAUCAAGCCAGAGAAAUGCCCAAGAAGAGUUAACAGGGAAAUAGUGGAACAUAUGGUUCAGCACUUUAAAACACAGAUCUUUGGGGAUCGGAAACCAGUGUUUGAUGGAAGGAAGAAUCUCUACACAGCGAUGCCCCUUCCAAUUGGGAGGGAUAAGGUGGAGCUGGAGGUCACGUUGCCAGGAGAAGGGAAGGACCGCAUCUUCAAGGUGUCCAUCAAGUGGGUGUCCUGCGUCAGCUUACAGGCAUUACACGAUGCACUUUCGGGGCGGCUGCCCAGCGUCCCCUUCGAGACGAUCCAAGCCCUCGACGUGGUUAUGAGGCAUCUGCCGUCCAUGAGGUACACCCCCGUGGGCCGCUCCUUCUUCACGGCGUCCGAGGGCUGCUCCAACCCGCUGGGCGGGGGACGAGAGGUGUGGUUUGGCUUCCAUCAGUCCGUCCGGCCUUCUCUUUGGAAGAUGAUGCUGAAUAUCGACGUCUCGGCAACAGCAUUUUAUAAGGCACAGCCAGUAAUCGAGUUUGUGUGUGAAGUUUUGGAUUUUAAAAGUAUUGAAGAACAACAAAAACCUCUGACAGAUUCCCAAAGGGUCAAGUUUACCAAAGAAAUCAAAGGUCUAAAGGUGGAGAUAACGCACUGCGGGCAGAUGAAGAGGAAGUACCGCGUCUGCAACGUGACCCGGCGGCCCGCCAGCCACCAAACGUUCCCGCUGCAGCAGGAGAGCGGGCAGACGGUGGAGUGCACGGUGGCCCAGUACUUUAAGGAUAGGCACAAGCUGGUUCUGCGCUACCCUCACCUCCCAUGUUUACAAGUCGGACAGGAGCAGAAACACACCUACCUUCCCCUAGAGGUCUGUAACAUAGUGGCGGGACAGAGAUGUAUAAAAAAGCUGACCGACAAUCAGACCUCAACCAUGAUCAGAGCAACUGCCAGGUCAGCCCCCGAUCGGCAGGAAGAGAUUAGCAAAUUGAUGCGAAGUGCCAGCUUUAACACAGACCCGUAUGUCCGUGAGUUUGGAAUCAUGGUGAGAGACGAGAUGACCGACGUGACCGGGCGGGUCCUCCAGCCGCCCUCCAUCCUCUACGGGGGCCGGAAUAAAGCGAUUGCCACCCCUGUCCAGGGCGUCUGGGACAUGAGGAACAAGCAGUUCCACACGGGCAUUGAGAUCAAGGUGUGGGCCAUUGCGUGCUUCGCCCCCCAGCGGCAAUGCACGGAGGUGCACCUCAAGUCCUUCACGGAGCAGCUCAGAAAGAUCUCGAGAGACGCAGGAAUGCCGAUCCAGGGCCAGCCGUGCUUCUGUAAAUACGCCCAGGGCGCAGAUAGCGUGGAGCCCAUGUUCAGGCACCUGAAGAACACGUACGCCGGCCUGCAGCUGGUGGUGGUCAUCCUGCCCGGAAAAACCCCCGUCUACGCCGAGGUCAAGCGUGUAGGGGACACGGUGCUGGGGAUGGCCACGCAGUGUGUGCAGAUGAAGAACGUGCAGAGGACCACGCCGCAGACCCUGUCCAAUCUCUGCCUGAAGAUCAACGUCAAACUGGGCGGCGUGAACAACAUCCUGCUGCCCCAGGGGAGGCCUCCGGUGUUCCAGCAGCCCGUCAUCUUUCUGGGGGCGGAUGUCACACACCCCCCUGCCGGGGAUGGGAAGAAGCCGUCCAUCGCCGCCGUCGUGGGCAGCAUGGACGCCCACCCGAACCGCUACUGCGCCACCGUGCGCGUCCAGCAGCACCGGCAGGAGAUCAUCCAGGACCUGGCGGCCAUGGUGCGUGAGCUUCUCAUCCAGUUCUACAAGUCCACACGCUUCAAGCCCACCCGCAUCAUCUUCUACCGAGACGGUGUCUCCGAGGGGCAGUUCCAGCAGGUUCUUCACCACGAGUUACUGGCUAUCCGAGAGGCAUGCAUUAAGCUAGAAAAAGACUACCAGCCGGGGAUCACAUUCAUAGUGGUCCAGAAGAGGCACCACACUCGGCUGUUCUGCACCGACAAGAACGAGCGGGUGGGGAAGAGCGGAAACAUUCCAGCAGGGACGACCGUGGACACAAAAAUCACCCACCCGACCGAGUUUGACUUCUACCUGUGUAGUCAUGCUGGCAUCCAGGUUGUUAAAAAGGAAGAAGAGGAACGUGGCUCAGAGAGGACGGAGGCUUCCGCAGUGUUUCCCGGGCACGUCUGUCCCCGCGAUGGCUUCCGUGUCGGGCGGGCGCUUUUUCUGUGCAGGCCAGCCCGGCUUCCCUCCUGGGAACAAGCAGGCCUUCCCACUAUCACGUGCUUUGGGAUGACAAUCGUUUCUCUUCCGAUGAGCUGCAGAUUCUCACCUACCAGCUGUGUCACACCUACGUGCGCUGCACGCGCUCCGUGUCCAUCCCGGCGCCAGCAUACUAUGCUCACCUGGUGGCCUUCCGGGCCAGGUACCACCUGGUGGAUAAAGAGCACGAUAGUGCUGAAGGAAGCCAUACCUCCGGGCAGAGUAACGGACGAGACCACCAGGCGUUGGCAAAGGCAGUCCAGGUCCAUCAGGACACGCUGCGCACCAUGUACUUUGCUUGACAUGUUUUAGUGUUUACGAUUGUGUACCGAGUUGGAUUCACAUGAGACCAGCUACACUCAGACCAACAAAUGCCCAGCCCUUCCGUGACAGCCAGCAUCGAACAUGAAACGCCAUUGAUUUUAGUAGAUUCUCCACUUUCCAGAAUGCCUUCCGUCCCAGAUUUCAAACUUGGAUUUUGAACUGCAGACCUGUAUGAGACCCCAUUGUCGUAGGAAAUAUGGUUUGCCAAAAUCUUAUAAGCUGCUUAUGAAAAUAGAGUCCCGUGUUUCCUAAAAAUCUCCUAAAACCAGUCUAUGAACUCAGGGCUUUAAAACAUUUUUAAUUUAUUUGGUCGUUCGAUUUACUUGUUUUUAACACAUGAUUCUAUAUGAAAUUGAUGGGCUCAAACUAGCUGUGAACGUUCUGUGAGAGUGAAAGCAACAUAAAACACAUUGUGGUUUUAAAGCCUUGAACAUUCUGAUGCUGUCACUAAAGUUUAUUUCAGAGUGACACCUGUGUGCUCCUGACCUGGCUCCCACCAGCUGUCCGGGAUCCGAGGGCAGGGGCCAGGCGAGGCGCCCUGGUGUCUCUCGUUCUGCCACUGCCCGCCUUUCACUCAGCCCGAAGGAAGGAGGGGUGGCAGAAGGUGGGCCGUGUGUGUUUACAACAUUUAUAGGUCCAGAGGGAUUGGCAGACAAGUGCCAUUUUAAUAAAAAUUUAUUUAAAAAAAGAAAAAAGACAAUAUGCCGACAGUCUAAUCAUAAGAUUUGUCCUAUAGGACUGUGACAUUUAUUUUCCAAAGUUUCUAAAGAAUACGGGUCUGUGGUGAUAAAUACAGUACAAUCCUUUUUCACUGUUAUGUCUUUAAUGUAAGAGAAAAGUAUAUAUAUCUGGUUUGCAGUAUUAAUGUGAUAGAUAGAUGCUGUUUUUCAUUUUACUGACUACGGGGUGCUUUUGUGAUCUGUUUAGCAUAUCAAGAGUGUUUUGGAGCCUGGAGCCUGGACCACCCUUGUGGUUUCUCAGUGCUUAAGUACAGGAGUAUGCAAUUGACUCAGUGCCCGCGGCCCACCCCCUCGUGUAGACCGCGCAGCCUGGACCCUCAGGAGGACGGAGUGUGCUUCCAGCAGUCACUCCCCUCCCCGCCUCAUCCCCGUGUGUCGCUCAGCCAAUUAAGCACAAAUGGAAUGUAUGUAUCCUUCCACUCCUGGGAAUGAGUCUGCGUAUCAGCGUGCACUUCUCUCUGCGUGUGGUUUGUUAGACAAGCGUCAUAGGAUCUAUGCACUGAAACACAGAGAAGGCUGUCGGUGGUGGCGCUCUGCGGGCUGCGAGGCCCGCGUUCCGCGAAGGAGCCCAGCCCUCGGGAGGAUGGCUGAUGGCGAAGCCAGCAGCAGAGGCAGACCCUUCUGCUAGGAUUUGCGUGCUGGGCCCCGGACGUGGGUUUGCCAAUCUAGAAUCCGUUGCACUAAGAAUGAUACCGUGGACAGCUCGACAGGGCUGACAGCAGAGGGCUCCGUUUGUGCGCAGUGGGCUUUUUGUCCUUGUAGGCGGUUUUCUGAGAAUCCAAUCCACGUUCAGUACAGAGAUUCUAGGAAGGAGAUGAGCCUUUCCCUAGUGCUGCUUCGUGCUCUGUAGGUUUCCUCUGGCCCUGCUGACGGCCCUCCCAUCCCGGCCUGACAUUACCUCUGGCACUGUGGUGGAGUGAGGGUCCCAACCAGGGUGCCUCGUGCUGGGGUCAGCGCCCGCCUCGGUCUUGUGUGAGGGCUCCGCGGGGGCGGGGAAGCGCUGUCAUGGACACUCGGCCUGGAUUUUGGCGGCAACGACAAAGGGGUGACUAUUAUUUGUGACAAUAUAUACUCAAGAGUGGUGUGUGUGUGUGUGUGUGUGUGCGCGCGUGCGUGUGUGCGCGCGCGCGUGUGUGUGCAUGUGGGUGUCCUAUUAAUGGCAUUAGUCUCUUCUUGCUGUAUCUAUUUUUUUUUGUCUUUUUAAAUGACAGAAGCCUCUGCUCUAAAAAUGUUGCAAUUCCCUGUCACUUCGUUAGCAAGUGGCACCUUCUCCUGUUCGGAAGGACACCAGUACACUCGUGGCUUAAGUUACCGGGAGCGUUCAAGCUAAGGAGGGAACCUUUUCACUAAUACACUUUUAAAAUCUGAACUUAGGUUAGUUUUCAGUCAUUUUUAGGAUCAUCUAGAACCGUGUGUCUCGAAAGUAUGUUUAUACCACUUGCAACAGGAUCUCGGUGGUCGGGGCGUUGGCCGUAAAAACGCUGUGACUCCUGUGCUCGCUGCGGCCUCUGGGGUGGCGGCUGGGCAUCUGCGUUUUACACCAUCAGCUGGGGGUCCAGGGCUGCCUGGAGUCCGAGAACCUCUAAUCUAGAGCCUUCUGGAGAGUGUGCUCCCUCAAGCACUGAGGGCCCAGCAGGGAGGGACUCCCCAGCAAUGCAGGGAAACGUUUUCUAAGCGAAUACACUGGGCAGGAUCACAGGCUGGCAGAAAAUGAGACCUAAAUUUUUGAAAAAUCCUUUUGAAGGAAAAGUUUUCUUUCUAGAGGGCCAGAGUACUUUGAGAAAGGUACUUGUUACAGCCCUGCGCUUGUUUUAUAAAACUUUUACUACUUAAAAGCAUUCAUAAAGCAAAUGUCUCCAGCUGGGUUAGCUGCAUACCUUUGUACAUGUCUGAUGGUUCAGAAUUCAAAUGGCUGUAGUUACAAUUUCUCAGGUAAAGAACUGUUUUCCCAAAUUUCUACCAAUCCCGCCCCCCCCCAUUAUUAGGAUAAAUUUUGAGACAGCGUAAAACCUCAAGGUGCAGUAGAAUAAGUCCAAGCCCUGUUCGCGUGGAAGCCAAGAGGGGCCCUGCCCGUUCUGUGUGGGUCACGCCCGCCCAGGGCAACCUCGUGGCCGCCGGAGAAGGGCUCCGGGCACCUCCGGCCUCUGCCUGCGUUUGACAGGUUUCCUGAGGCCUGUGCGGGGCUGUGCAAAUUGCAGAGGUGUCCACUCGCCGGCUUUGCCUGACCCCACUAAGUAAGGUGUGCCUUGCUUUAAGCAAACUGAAUGUGAAAAUUAUGAAGUAGAAAUCUGGAUUAAUUUCAAAGAAAAACUGGGGUUUAUCUCUUCAGAAGAGGUCUCCCAAUUAGACCCUUAUCCUGGUACUCUUCCUAAUAUAUUUUAAAAUAUUCACCGUAAGAAAAGUUAACAUAUUCCCAUCCCUUCACCACUUCCUAUUACGUUCGACAAGCUCUCACCCUAAUAGCUAAGCGAUGAAAGAAACCCGGGGGAGCUGCUUCAAGUCGCCGUUUUGUAGGAGAGCCCUUUGGCCCUGCUGAGAUUCCAUCCUGCUGUUUGUGUACUUAUUAUAAUAAGCUCAGAUGUUCCUAGUUCAGAUAAAUGUUGUAAAGCUGGGCAUACCUAUACUUUUAGAAAGGGAUUGUUUUAUUUUGGUUUUGGUUUUCUGUUUUGAGAAGACUUCACAUAUACACUUGAUACUACACUUUAGGGUCUGCUUUCUCUUUUCAAGAUUGUGUUGCUUUUUGGUAGUGUCCUCACACUCCCGUGCAUGGAUGUUUGCACUCUAGAACCACGAGCGAUCCCUGGCCACUGCGCUGGCUUCCCCAGGAGGGACUUGUUGGAAGUGGAGUGAUUUCCGUGCUGUGUGAGUCUGGCCGUAAGCAGUGCUGUUGUGAUGUUUACCCCGGCGUGUGCUCAUUAGAAGAGACAGUUGAAGUUCAAU